UUUAUAAAAUAUUGCUAUUUUACUAUGAGCCACUUGUAGGCCUAUAUAACACCGUUUUACCGAUUUUUCAGUUGGACAUACCAUGCAAAUUUUUCUCUGUGCGAAUUAUACAAGUGUGUUUGGAAAUAUGUCACCACAGCAAGACUCAUAUUGGCCAGAGGAGGAAACUUAACUCGAGAUACAUCCGGGAUGCCAUACGAACUUGAGAAAGAGAAUGGACCGGACACUCUCCUGGACAUGUGUGUCAGUUACUGCAUGAACAAUAUGACUAUCCUGAUCCAAGCUGGUGAGGAGUCUGGACCUUGGGAUAGCUCAUUUCAGAGGUUACGACCUGGCUUGAAUUUCCCCACAACCAUCAGUGAUAAUCUGUUCAACUACCUGACACGAAACGUGAGCGAGUCAUGGAACUCCCAAUGUCAGGACCUAAUACCUGUAUUCAGUGAUACAGAAAAAACGCCGCUGACAAAAGUCGUAAUUCGACAACAGCUGGACCUUUCUGAGCCAGGCUCACAGUCCCUGUUCCGCCAUCCUCUUAAUCACUUAGAACUGACAUGUUGUAGUUUCUGCGAUGUUUUCAGCUAUGAGAUAUUUCAGCUGAUCAAGAAACUAAGGAACUCUAUGAGAGCUUUGAAGCUAUGGGCUAAGCCCAACUGUCCGAGGUGUGGCAGUAUGUCUACCACAGAAAGUGUGAAUAAACUUACAAGGAACCACGAAUCCAGAGACAGUUUGGUACCACUAGUAUCAAGCAAUAUUGCAAACAUCCGCCUUCUAAGUAUUCAGAAUUUUAAACACCGAGAAUUUACAGAAACACCCACCAUGUUAAAUUCCCUGAUUGAGCCCCUCCAAAACUUGUGUCACCUAAAUCUGACCGGGUGUGGAAUCACAGAACAGGAUCUAGACUGCAUUGUUGCUCUGCCAAAGAUCACAUUCCUUGUCUUGUCAGGAAUUCAUUUUGACGAUAUACAUGAAGGAUUUGUGAAACUUGGAAAAGCUACCAAAUUAAAAUACCUCGACAUCUCUAGUAGUUCCCAGGAGCCUAAGAUAUACCCCAAUGCUGUGGAGAAUAUGACAGCUCUUCUACAACACUUGUCAUACCUCACCUCUCUGGAUAUCUCAGGCACCAAUCUUCCUGGUAACCGGCUGCAUGAAAGUGUAUCACACAGGCUAGAACCCAGCAGCAGGGAGGAAGGAGGCAU